AUGGAAAUUCCACGAGAAAUUAAAGAAAAAGCUCGAGGCCGCCAACAGUUUAAGCACGGAGACCAAGUAAUUUAUGAAUGGGAACAGAAUUUAGAUGAAGUCUUAAUGUAUCUGCGCCCACCAGAAUGGGCUUUACCUAAAAACCAGCGAGCUCUGCGAGCUAACUUAAAGCCAGGUGAGUCUCUUCCAGAGCUUUAUGUAAAUAUUGAAAGAGACCAUAUAGAAAUCGGGAUCAGGCCUAACCCUCCUUUCCUUAAUGAAGAACUAGGCGGCUCAGUCGUAAAAUCAGAAAGCUACUGAAUGGUAGACAAUGACGAACUUGUCAUUAAUUUGCAAAAAAUGAGAAAAGCAGAGACCUGGGCUUCUUGUUGUAGAAGGCAUGGAGAACUAGACGCUUUUACCAAAACUGAGGUGCAGAAACAGUUAAUGCUGGAAAGGUUCCAACAGGAAAACCCUGGGUUUGAUUUUUCUAAUGCAGAGUUUAAUGGGAAUGUCCCUGAUCCUAGGACUUUUAUGGGUGGAGUUUCUUAUACUAAAUAA